AUUUAUAUUAUAUAUCCGAGGUUAACAUGUGCAUGCGUGGUGCUAAAAUAAUAUUUUAUAGCCUUGAGAAAUAAAGAAACAUCUUCCACGGUAGUAGUGACUAGCUGUGUGCAACAAGGUUUGCAUAAAAUAUUCUAAGAGUGACAGCAUAAAAUAUUGUAGCAUGAUAUAAUAAUUGCAUUUAAUAAGGUUCACCAUUGAAUAAUGGUAAACUUCAUGAGGAGUUAAUAUAUAUUUAUAUUUUUCUAUGGUUUACAAAUUUGAAUUUCUAAACUGUGCCUGUUCAGAUGCUGCCGACAUUUAUUAUAAACUAAGAUGGCCACACCCUCACAUGUGAAAUAAUUAAAUUAUGUGAAUAAUAGUACAAGGACUCUGGCUUCUUAUGAUUAAAGUGCUUUUGGAGCUUCUAUGAAAUAGUUUUAUUGUAGAGUAAUUGUUUCAAGUGUUUCAUUGCUGUUGCUGAAGCUGUUCCGAGCCAUUCAAGUUGUUUUGUUGUACCUUCAUUAUUUGCUAACAUAUUUAUCUUUUCUGUGGGGGAAAACCGUUGAAAAAUAGUCUGUGGUGUGGGGAUAUAUUCUCAUUUGUUUGAUAUUAGUUUGCCAGAGGCUGAGAGUUUUUCCUGUAGAUAAUAUCUGUUUUGCUCAGGUUCUAGUGAGCAUGAUGAGAGUAUUUUUCUCACUAGUUUAAAGCACCUUGAAGAUCAUUAUCAUUCUCCUGUUUCAUAUAGUUUGGAUUUGGAAAACAGUUAAUCUUUUCUUUUAGGUUAUACUUUUUACCUGUAUUUACACAUCUCAAUCAAAGAGCUGAGCUUCUUUAACUUUGAGUGAGGAGUUCAGGAAUGCAGUGGUCAUUCCCAAACAAGGUUUCGGUUCUUCCUCAGUUCCUGUCCUUCAAGACCAAUCAGGAAGACAGGCCCAGAAAGACUAUUCUUGAUCCACUAGCUUCAUCUGGAUAUAUGAACAUGCCAUCUAAAGAGGCUUUUGAGUCUAACCAGAAACCAUUUUUGGGUGUGCCUCAGAGAAAUUUGUCCAUAGGCAAGCAUAGUGCAAGAAACAAACAGGGAAGGACAGUUUAUCCAAUGCAAUGCAUUGAUGCACAAUCUGCAUGCCUUCAGGAGGCAAGAAUAUUUUCAGUUUCCAACCAAUCAAAUCAAGUGAGUCCUGCUCUUCAAUCUAAUCUUGCUACAACCGGAUUGAACAUGGUCAAUUCAGUCAUAAAACCACAACCUCUUGGAUCCAAAUCCUCUGGCACACCUCUAUCUGUUCUUCCAUCAAUAGGUUCCAUUGUUGGAUCCACUGACUUAAGGAAUAGUUCCAAAUCCUCUGGCAUGGCUACUCAGCUCACCAUUUUCUAUGCUGGUUCCGUAUGUGUUUAUAAUGACAUAACUCCCGAGAAGGCCAUGGAUAUCAUGUUAAUGGCUGGAAAUGGGUCUGCUCCAACUCAGAAAAUGGCAGUUUCCACAGCUAAAUUGCAGACACCAGUUUCUAUUCCCUCCAAAGAUGAUGGUUUCAUUAUGAGCCAAUCCUAUUCUCCCUCACCCCUCCCAAGCCCUCUCUCAUUGACCUCUCAUGUCAAUUCUCAGCCAGGAGGAGGAUCUUCUAGCUACAAUAAGCUUGCAAUAAUAAGACCAAUAGUAGGACCUUCAAUUGCCCCUACUAACCAUUUGGAGUCACCUAUUAUUGUUGGUUCUGGAGGAUCUGCAUCUAAGGAAAAUGCUCAACCAGUAUACUUGCCUCAGGCUCGCAAAGCAUCCUUGGCUCGGUUUUUGGAGAAGAGAAAGGAAAGGAUGACAAGUACAUCACCAUACUUUUAUAUGAGCAAGAAAUCAUCUGAAAGCAGCUCAUCUGGAUCAGACAGUGUUAGUUUCUCCUUGAACUUCUCUGGAUCCUGUUCUCUACCAGCCACCAACUAGCCCUACACACGUGAAUGGAAGUUUAGAUUUAUAUACUUCUGUAAUUGUAAGAUCACCUUUUUUGGUCGAUGAUAGAGAAAUUUGGUAGGCAUUUUUGUCCUUAUUAUUUUCUUUUGGUUUCUGAGCUUUUCAUGGUUAUUACUUUUUGUAGCAAUUUACUUCACUACAAAGUUCCUGCAAGUCUUUCAUAUAUGAUUUUUUUCAACUUUCAUCACAAUGUAUAAUUAUUUCUUUUAUACAUAUUACAAUGAAUAAUCUUCAGAUUCAUUAUGGCUA